AGGCGGGAGGGACUCUGCAGAGGACCUGGGUGACCCAGGGCCAGCCGGCGGAUCCUGAUUUCCCUGCAGAAGGGUGUGGUCAGGGCUAGCGCAAGCCCCGGGGUGGGACUCGGCUCCCUUAAGAUCGCGACGCCGCCUCGCGGCUCAGACAGAGAAUGUCCUACGGACCCGCAGUAAGGGUUGCCGGGCCGUGCGUGCACCGGUGGGGAGGGGACUCAGAACAAGGUGGCCGGUGAACAUAGACAGGGCGCGCCCCUCGCAAGGUGCCCUUAUUCAUGGCAGAAGAGCCCGAGCCAGACCUCGGGGUGGCCGAGGGCUCAGAGGAGCAGGCCAUGGAGAUGCCGAGCUGGAAGGCUCCGGAGGACAUAGACCCCCAGCCAGGAAGUUAUGAGAUCCGACACUACGGACCAGCUAAGUGGGUCAGCACUUGCGUGGAGUCUCUGGACUGGGAUUCAGCCAUCCAGACUGGUUUCACAAAAUUGAAUGGCUACAUUCAAGGCAAAAAUGAGAGAGAGAUGAAAAUCAAGCUGACAGCUCCGGUGACAAGCUAUGUGGAGCCCGGCUCAAGUCCUUUCAGUGAGUCUACCAUUACGAUUUCCCUGUACAUCCCCUCUGAGCAGCAACCCGAUCCACCCAGGCCUUCAGAGUCAGAUGUCUUCAUUGAAGACAGAGCUGAAAUGACGGUGUUUGUGCGGUCUUUUGAUGGAUUCUCCAGUGGCCAAAAGAAUCAAGAACAACUUUUGACAUUAGCAAACAUUCUGAGGGAAGAAGGAAAAGUUUUCAACGAAAAGGUCUUCUACACUGCAGGCUACAGCAGUCCUUUCCAGUUACUUGAUAGAAAUAACGAAGUGUGGCUGAUCCAGAAAAAUGAGGCCUCCGUUGAGAACAAAUAAGGAAACAAACCAAGAAAAGAAGCAGGGGCAGACCUGCUGAAUGCAGGCAUUGAGAACGUUCACAGCUGACGUAUGCAGGGUCUUUGGCUUGAGCUAUCACUCUGCAUCAUGCUUAUUCCCAGUGUGCCUUUGUAAGUAGCUUUAUUUAGACACAGGGUAUUCAGAGAAGUCUGUAGACACAGGGUAUUCAGAGAAGUCUGUAAAUGGGUCAUGGGUCAGGUGGCCUCCAUCUCUGAGAGGAUCCAGGACGAUGCCACGGCAUUCCCUCUUAUUGGCGCUAUCACCGUUAUCUUGCCUCUCUACUUGGCCUUACCGCAUUUGAAUGCUCUCACUUCCUUAUAAGAGCUGUGAAAAUGGUAAAGCUGUAUUCUGCAUAGGAAUAAAUUAUGUUGGCCACAAAAAUAACGUUCCUUGCCUCCACUGUUGAGUUUUUCCAUUGGAUCCGUGUACUCAUCCAACUGUUGCUCCCUGGACAAAGACAGUUCUUACCUUAACAUGUUGACAAAAUUUGGAGGCAGAAAAUAAAUUCCAUAAGAUGAUGAGACUUCUUAUGCUACUUGACAGGUGUGCCUGUUAAAGAAAUAUACAGAUACCUAAUUGUAACAGUCACUUAAAUUUUUAAAGUACUGUGUGUAGUCAUUCUAGAGGUUGUAUGGAAAUUCUCUUUCCAAGGGUGGGCUGAUUAUGGAAGUUAGAAAGCCUUGCCUCCUUGCACUGUCUAAGUCUUGUUAUUGGGAAGAUCAAGUCACACUCAGAUCCCUGGCAGCUGUUAUAGAAAUGGCUCUCACUCUAAUGCAGGCUCCUGGGACGAUGGUUCUGAGAACAGAGAGGAGAGCAGGCUAGAUCUCAGGAACCUCAUGAUAAUUAAAGCUGCUCACAAGUGGCAUGGUUUCCACUUCUGUGUAAGCAGAGACCACACAGUUGCUUCUUGAAAAAUGACCACAAAGUCGACUGAGGGUCCAGUAGAUUGGAUAAAGCUAAAUGAGACAUGAAAUCCCUCCAACUUUAAUGUUAUAAGCUAUCUUUGUAAAAUUAAACUCUCUAGAUCUCAA